AUGCCGGGCAAGGAAGAAAACAUUAUGGACGUGAAAGACAGCGACCAGAGGGUCGAAGUUGGGUCUGUGGAGCAAUACAGCACAAAUGAAAAGAAAUCUUGGUGGCAAGAUGUUAGAGAUGGAUUCAAAGCUGCCGAGGUUCUCAGGCUAGAUCCUGACCUAUCACAAGCCGAGCGAAUUGCUAUUGCUACCGCGAGGUCACCUCUUCAGAGACACCUAAAAGAUCGACACUUGCAAAUGAUUGCGAUCGGAGGAGCCAUAGGUACCGGUCUGUUUGUUGGGUCAGGAAAGGCGCUGAGAACAGCAGGCCCUGCGGGGGUGUUAAUCGGAUGGGCGCUAACCGGAACCAUGAUUUUUAGCGUGGUAAUGGCAGUGGGCGAGCUGGCAGUUGCGUUUCCUGUUUCGGGCGGGUACACGACGUAUGCUACGCGGUUUGUGGACGAGUCGUUCGGAUUUGCUGUCAAUUUCAUCUACGCUUUCAGCUGGCUCGUGACCUUACCGCUUGAGAUUGUGGCUGCAUCCAUCACGGUCAACUACUGGCACACACCUGACAAGUACCGCGACGGCUUUGUCGCGCUGUUCUUCGUAGUCAUCGUCCUCAUCAAUUUAUUUGGCGUACGGGGCUACGGUGAAGCCGAGAUGGUGUUCUCCUUAAUCAAAGUUGUCACAGUCAUCGGCUUCAUCAUUCUGGGCAUCAUUCUCGUAUGUGGAGGUGGCCCUACGGGUGGCUAUAUAGGCGGGAGAUACUGGCACGAACCGGGCGCUUUCAAAGGCAAUGGUACGGCUCAGCAGUUCAAAUCUCUGUGUACCGUUUUCGUGACUGCCGCAUUCUCGUUUGGUGGCUCGGAAUUGAUUGGUAUGGCUGCCGCCGAAACAAAGGACCCGCGUAAAGCGCUUCCGCGCGCAGCCAAACAGGUGUUUUGGCGAAUCACCCUCUUCUACAUUAUAUCUUUGUGUCUGAUCGGUCUACUCAUUCCAUACAACGACAAACGCCUGUUUGCCGCAUCGUCCGUGGAUGCCACCGCAUCACCGUUCGUGCUUGCACUGGAGACACAUGGCAUCAAGGGACUACCUAGUGUGGUGAAUGUGGUGAUCUUGAUUUCCGUGCUUUCGGUGGGCAAUUCGUCAGUUUUCGCUUGCUCCAGAAGUUUGAGCGCCCUGGCAGAUCAAGGCUUCCUCCCACGUUGCGUUGGUUACAUCGACCGGAAAGGAAGGCCUCUUGUUGCUAUCGUUAUCACCUGCACUGUUGGUUUGCUCGCUUUCAUCGCCGCGUCAGACAAAGAGGGAGAUGUACUCAACUGGUUAAUGGCAAUUGCAGGAUUAUCGUCCUUUUACACUUGGGGAGGCAUCUGCCUGUGUCAUUUGAGAUUUAGAAGAGCUCUAGCCUACCAAGGGCGUUCCACAGAAGAGCUACCUUUCACAUCCAUUACUGGUGUAUGGGGCUCCUACUAUGGGCUAACUGUUAUUAUCCUGGUGUUGAUUUCUCAAUUCUGGAUCGCGGUCUGGCCUACUAACGGAAAACCUAGCGCUGUGACAUUUUUUGGAGACUACCUGUCAUUCCCUGUCCUUGUUGCGUUAUACUUUUUUCAUAAAAUCUGGAAAAGAAACUGGAAAAUAUUCAUCAGAGCGAAGGAUAUAGAUAUCGACACUGGAAGAAUUGCUGUUGAUGUCGACACAUUGAAGCAAGAAAUCGCGGAUGAAAAACGCCUACUCGCUUCUAGGCCAUGGGUUUACAGGAUUUAUAGAUUUUGGUGCUAA